AUGUCUCCGAACAAUACCACUCGGCCGGUGGCUGUCGGCAAACCACCUGCCAUCAACUUCUUUGCUGAAACAGGCACUGAAAGGGACGUCACUGAAGCACAAGAGCUGACCUCCAAGCUAUCGACACAUGACAAGCCGACCAAAAUGGCUGCAGGCAAUGUCCUCCAAGAGCCAAAUGGCAGUCAGCAGUUCCAAGAUCCUAUCAAUGAAGCACUAGCUUCAAUUCAUAAAGACAUCGGUGGAACGGGGUCCAUCUCAAACUUAUCAUUGGAAGAGCUCAUUGGACUCAAUGAAGACCCUCAAGAAGAGGACUACGUCGACUGGGCCAAAGAGGAAAGCCCAUCUUUUGAGCCCAAUUUCACAGCUACAUCACCGGAAGUUUGUCUCUGGGCUACCACGAAAGCCAUAACCGAUGAUUACGAGUGGAUCAUGUACGCGGCUGCGGAUGAAGUCGUGGGAAAAGGUGUCCCGCGCAUUGCCAGCUGCAUGCGCCGAGCAAUUCGCCACUUGUACAGAGUUCCAAAUUGUUACGGCAUACUCUUCCCCCCGAAAGCCAUGGGCUUCAAGGAAAUUGACAAGUACAUGUACUUCCCCUCAUUUGGCCAGCGCAAGCCGGGCAUUUACCGCCUUGGUUGCAAAGGUUUCAAGUAUGCGAACGACCCAGAAGUUCCAGUGAUACCAUACACUCCCAAUGGCAUGCGGUCAGAUUGCCACGGCCCUUAUAACACACGAUUCUAUCCGCAGCCCUCGCGUAUGAACCAAGUUUGGAGCGUCGACGAAUUCGACAACAUCAAGCGCAGUGAUUCACUCACUCAACUUGACGGAUCAUCGCAGCAAUACCAGUACCAGGAUACCUGUAAUAAGACGGCAACUGUUACACUGCUGAGGGGUAUGUCAGAGGAUGACGACAUGCCUCUACCAGGAUUUUCUGGGGACAACGACCAGUAUCACGGCCCUACCAAGGACUACUCCGGCAAUGUUUCCGACAGCGACAACGACAGUGACAACGACAGCGAUGGCUCAGGUACUAUAGUUGAGGAUGAACCGGAGAUCGGCGACGCUGAUUCCCAGACGAACCAGUUUAUCGACUUUGACGGCGACCACGGGUUCUCGGGUGUGAUAUACCAGGGUUUGGCUUUAGUGGAAGGUCAUAGGUCAUACAUGCUCGCAUUCAGUGCGCGUUAA